UAAUUAUUAAAAACUUUUGUAGGAAUGCUACAUCAUUGUCCUCUUCAGCGGGCAUCUGCAGAAAUGCGACGGACAUUCAUACAGGUAAUGUGGCUUCGCCGUCAUUUACUCGCACGGGGGCAUCCAGAAACGAACCCGAAAUUCAUAAAGUGAAUGUUGCUGCAUCACUUUCACCUUCGUUUGAUACUCGCAUUGGGAGGGCACACAGAAGCGCAAUUGAGAACAAGAAAGGGAAUGUGUCUGCAACACCAACUUCGUCUGGUACUCGCACGAGGGCACGCAGCUGCGCAACUGGGAACAAUAAAGAGAAUAUGGCUGCAACACUUUCGCUUUCAUUUCCUCGCACGAGAUCACACAGCAACGCAACCGAUAUUCAUCCAAUGAAUGUUGCUGCAUCACUUUCACUUUUACCCGGUACUCAUAAACGCCAUAGGUCUGCUUCAGUUCUCAAAGCAACUGAGACUAAUGUAUCUAACACUGACAGUGAUAAGGCCCCUGUUGCAAAGAGAGUCAAGACCAACAUCCAGGCAAGCAGCAGCAGGUCCGUUCUGUCAUGGAAAACAGAGACUGAUAUUGAUGUGGUUCCACACACUUUGCGUUUCUUUCCUGCACGGGAACCUGGACCACAGCUGAGUCCUGCAGACACACACACACCCCUGAGUCUCUUCAAAAUGUUUUUUCCUGAGGAUGCAGUUUCAACUCUUUGCCAUAACACCAACGCUCAGGCUGCCAGGGCAAAAGCAAAGGGUUCCAAGUAUAAAUGGAAAGAUGUCAGCGUCACUGACAUGUACCGCUACAUUGGACUACUAUUUUAUAUGGCCAUGGUAAAGUUGAUCUCCAUCAGGGACUACUGGAGACAGGACGAUGUUUUAGUUAAAUAGGAACUGUUUUGAACAAUGGCACGACAACAUUUAACUCCAUUCUCAA